AUGAAAGCUCUCAAACAAAACAUAAGCAUUCAAAACUAUAUCGAUAAGGGAUCGACUGGUAAAGUAUACCAGGCUCGGAGAAGAAAAGAUGGAAAGUCAGUUGUCGUCAAGUUUGCAACGUGGUUAAAGUCAAAGAAUCGCGUACCCCCAGAAAUAUUUAACUCGUUGAGGUUAAGGAAAUGUGGUGUUCAAGGUGUGAACAAGAUUUUAGGCUAUGAAAUACAACGGGAACAUUCGCCAGAAUGUGUUGGAAGGUAUUAUGCUGUAUUUGAGAAGCAUCCAAUGGAUAUCUUUACCUACGUUGAAAAAUAUGCGCCCCCAGAACCUGUCGUGAGAGACAUAGUGAGAAGUACAAUCACGCAUUUGUGCGAAAUGGACAAAAAAGCUGGAAUGAUGCACAUGGACAUCAAACCCGAAAACACUUUGAUUGAUCCUGAUACCAUAGGGGUAACAUUGUGUGAUGUAGAAUUUUGCGUAAAAACCGGCGAGGAAUUCAUCCCCAUGAAGGAAAGCGAAGGAGGGACUAUCGCGUUCAUGGCACCUGAACGAUUUUUAGGUCUAUGCUUUCCUCGUAAAACAUCUGUCUGGUCAAUCGGGAUAAUGACAUAUGCCAUGUUACAUGCAAACGAUGUUCCGUUCGAGAAAUACAUUGGUAACAUCUCCCUUCCUAUUCGCUUUGAUAGCAGUGUAUCCACACAGGCUUCUGACUUCAUCCUGAUGUGCCUUCAACCAAACCCGAGAAAAAGACCAACUGCAGAUGAACUUUUGGAUUGUGAAUGGAUGAAAAGUUGA